UCCCCCUCCCUCCCGGCUCCGAACUCCAGCCCCUCUCUCUCUCUCUAUCAGCCGCUCACUCUGUCUCAAUAUGUCUCAAGAUGGCGGCCAAUGUGGGAUCGAUGUUUCAAUAUUGGAAGCGCUUUGAUUUACAGCAGCUGCAGAGAGAACUCGAUGCCACAGCAACAAUAUUGGCCAACCGGCAAGAUGAAAGCGAGCAGUCCAGGAAGAAACUUAUCGAGCAAAGUCGGGAGUUCAAGAAGAACACUCCAGAGGACCUGCGCAAACAGGUAGCUCCACUACUGAAGAGUUUCCAGGGAGAGAUUGACGCAUUGGGUAAAAGAAGCAAAGAAGCAGAGGCAGCCUUCUUGAAUGUUUAUAAGAGAUUAAUUGAUGUCCCAGAUCCAGUUCCAGCUUUGGAUUUAGGACAGCAGCUUCAGCUGAAGGUUCAACGUAUGCACGAUAUUGAAACAGAGAACCAGAAACUUAGGGAAACUCUAGAGGAAUACAACAAAGAAUUUGCCGAGGUGAAAAAUCAGGAGGUUACAAUAAAAGCACUUAAGGAGAAAAUCCGAGAAUAUGAACAGACCCUGAAGAACCAAGCAGAGAACAUAGCUCUGGAAAAAGAACAAAAAUUACAAAAUGAUUUCGCGGAGAAGGAGAGAAAAUUGCAGGAGACACAGAUGUCGACAGCCUCAAAGCUGGAAGAAGCCGAACACAAAGUUCAAGCUUUGCAAACAGCCUUGGAAAAAACCAGAACAGAACUGUUUGAUCUGAAAACAAAAUACGAUGAAGAAACUACUGCAAAGGCUGAUGAAAUCGAGAUGAUCAUGACAGACCUUGAAAGAGCAAAUCAGAGGGCAGAGGUGGCUCAGAGAGAGGCAGAGACCUUAAGGGAGCAGCUCUCGUCAGCUAACAAAUCUCUCCAACUCGCUACACAGAUCCAGAAGGCACCUGAUGUGGAGCAGGCCAUCGAGGUGCUGACACGGUCCAGCCUGGAAGUAGAACUGGCUGCGAAGGAGAGGGAGAUUGCCCAGCUCGUAGAAGAUGUCCAGAGACUACAGGGCAGCCUCACCAAGCUGCGGGAGAACUCCAGCAGCCAGAUCUCCCAGCUGGAGCAGCAGCUGACCGCCAAGAACAGCACACUUAAACAACUGGAAGAAAAACUGAAAGGACAGGCUGAUUAUGAAGAGGUUAAGAAAGAAUUAAAUAUAUUGAAAUCCAUGGAGUUUGCACCACCUGAAAGCUCUGGUGCGCAGGAUGCAUCGAAACCGCUGGAGGUGCUGCUGCUGGAGAAGAACCGCUCGCUGCAGUCCGAGAACGCCACGCUGCGAAUCACAAACAGUGACCUGAGUGGGUCAGCCAGGAGAAAAGGGAAAGACCAGCCUGAGAGUCAGCGUCCUGCAACCUUGCCGGCUUCCCCUCCUUCUCAGUUGCUCCGCAACGCGGGGGAGCAGGCUUCCAAUACUAAUGGUACACACCAGUUCUCACCAACGGGUUUAAGUCAAGACUUUUUCAGCUCAUCCCUGGCAAGCCCCAGCUUACCCCUGGCCUCCACAGGAAAAUUUGCACUAAACUCUCUCCUCCAGCGACAGCUAAUGCAGUCCUUCUACUCCAAGGCAAUGCAGGAAGCAGGAAGCACAAGCAUGAUUUUUUCAACAGGUCCUUACAGCACAAACUCCAUCUCUUCCCAAAGUCCAUUACAACAAAGUCCGGAUGUAAAUGGCAUGGCCCCAUCUCCCAGCCAGUCAGAAAGUGCUGGGAGCAUCUCCGAAGGCGAGGAGAUAGACACAGCCGAAAUUGCACGUCAGGUGAAAGAGCAGUUGAUCAAGCACAAUAUUGGACAGCGGAUAUUUGGACAUUAUGUGUUGGGACUGUCGCAAGGGUCUGUGAGUGAGAUACUAGCCCGGCCAAAGCCAUGGAAUAAACUGACUGUGAGAGGCAAGGAGCCAUUUCAUAAGAUGAAGCAGUUCCUGUCGGACGAGCAGAACAUCCUGGCUCUUCGCAGCAUCCAGGGUAGACAAAGAGAGAAUCCAGGCCAGAACCUGAACAGACUAUUUCAGGAAGUACCGAAACGAAGAAAUGGGUCUGAAGGUAAUAUAACCACACGAAUCCGAACCACAGAGACUGGCUCUGAUGAAGCCAUCAAAUCCAUUCUUGAACAAGCCAAAAGGGAGCUGCAAGUACAGAAAACAGCUGAGCCGGCUCAGCCGCCUUCUGCAUCUAGCAGUGGCAAUUCUGAUGAUGCUAUUCGAUCCAUUCUGCAACAAGCCCGACGUGAAAUGGAGGCACAGCAGGCUGCCCUUGAUCCUGCCUUAAAAACAACACCUUUGUCUCAAGCUGACAUUUCUAUCCUGUCCCCCAAACUAGUAUCUACAUCUGCAAUGUCUUCAGUUUCCAGCUAUCCUCCUUUGGCCAUAUCCCUGAAGAAACAUUCAUCUGUUACUGAUUCCAGUAUCUCUGCAUUGCAGAACCUCUCUGGGCUCAAAAAGGAGCCGCAGGAGGCGCCUGUUUUAGAGCUUCAUGGAAUAAGUGAUUCUGCCCAGGGUAUGUUGAGGCAUGUUAAAAAUGAGUUGGGACGUGGUGGUGUUUGGAAAGACCAUUGGUGGAAUACUGUGCAGCAUGAGAGAAGAAAUACAGCUCUUCCCGAAGAUAUAAAAGUUGAGGAAGCCAGUGGUGGAAAAGAAAAGGUCAGCAAUCAGACUAGGCCAGAUCGUAGCCAGCUCCAAGGACCAUCUUCUUCAGAGUAUUGGAAAGAGUGGCCAAACGCUGAAUCUCCGUACUCGCAGAGUUCUGAAUUGAGCAUGACUGGGGCGAGUCGCAGUGAGACACCACAAAAUAGCCCCCUCCCUUCAUCCCCUAUCGUGUCCUUGUCCAAGCCAUCCAAACCUUCAGUUCCUCCUCUGACACCUGAGCAGUAUGAGAUUUAUAUGUACCAGGAAGUGGAUACGAUAGAACUAACGCGGCAGGUCAAAGAAAAGCUAGCAAAGAAUGGCAUCUGCCAAAGGAUCUUUGGGGAAAAGGUAUUGGGGCUGUCCCAAGGAAGUGUCAGUGACAUGCUCUCCAGGCCAAAGCCAUGGAGUAAAUUGACACAAAAAGGCCGAGAACCAUUUAUUCGUAUGCAGCUCUGGUUGAAUGGUGAGCUGGGACAGUGUGUCCUGCCCGCACAAGGGCAGCAACAAGGACAAGUCCUUCACUCUGUGACAUCAUUACAGGAUUCCCUACAGCAGGGAUGUGCAAGCUCAGAAAGCACUCCAAAGACUUCUGCCAGUUGCAGUCCUGCUCCCGAGUCUCCCAUGAGUUCCAGCGAAUCAGUAAAAAGCUUGACAGAAUUGGUACAGCAGCCCUGUCCUUCGAUAGAGACCAGUAAGGAUGGCAAAUCCCAGGAGCCCAGUGAGCCGCCUGCUUCAGAAUCCCAGUCCACAGCCCCUUUGCCACUGUCAGGCCACUCAGCACUCAGCAUCCAGGAGCUGGUUGCUAUGUCCCCGGAGCUGGAUACGUAUGGCAUUACAAAAAGGGUCAAGGAAGUGCUAACGGACAACAAUCUUGGUCAGCGUUUGUUUGGGGAGACAAUCCUGGGGCUGACACAAGGCUCUGUCUCAGACCUGCUGGCUCGCCCGAAGCCCUGGCACAAGCUGAGUCUGAAGGGCCGGGAGCCCUUUGUCCGCAUGCAGCUGUGGCUGAACGAUCCCAACAACGUGGAGAAGCUGAUGGAUAUGAAACGAAUGGAGAAAAAAGCCUACAUGAAACGGCGACACAGCUCCGUGAGCGACAGUCAGUCAUGUGAGUCCUCCUCCACUGGAAUCGACUACAGCCAGGGUGCCAGCCCGCAGCCACAGCACCAGCUGAAGAAGCCCCGGGUGGUGCUGGCACCAGAAGAGAAGGAAGCUCUGAAACGAGCCUACCAGCAAAAGCCAUACCCAUCACCAAAAACCAUUGAGGAACUGGCUACGCAGCUCAACUUGAAAACCAGCACCGUGAUCAACUGGUUCCACAAUUACAGGUCUCGCAUCCGCCGGGAGCUGUUCAUCGAGGAGAUCCAAGCGGGAAGCCAGAGCCAGGCCGGGUCGAGCGAUUCUCCUUCGGCACGAAGCAGCAGAGCGGCCCACAGCUCGGAGGGAGACAGCUGCGACGGCGUGGACGCGGAGGGCCCACCUGAAGGAAAGCCGAGCGGUGCGGAGGCGGACGAGUACAGCAAUGCAACCACAAAGUCUCAGGGAGGGCAAGCGGAGUCGGCUCUGGAGGCGGGGGAAGAGGCAGCGCCGGGCGCCCGGCCCACGGAGCGAGCGGAGCCGCUGCUCAUGGCGGCCGAGGGCCUGGAGGACACCGACGACGAGGGCAGGCCCAGAGCGCCGCGCCAGGGCUCUCCGGCCAGGUGUCAGCACGCGGGAGAAGCUCCGGAGACGCCGCCCAGCUCCGCCACGGAAGGGGAUGCCUCUACCUCAGCUGCCUCCACCUCAGUCCUUACAGGGGAGAGCUCCUACAAGUCAAAGGAAAGUUCAGAGAAAAGCUCCAGCGUGCCAAGUACGAGCUCGACGCCGGGCGCAGGCUCGCAGAAAGCCAACUCUCUGCAGAGCUUGUUCAGCUUCUCCGAGGCAGCGAGCUCCAGGAACACACGAGACAGCUCCUUGAGGAAAAAGAAAGCCGCAAACUUGAACAACAUAAUCCACCGCUUGGAGAAGGCCGCCAGCCGGGAGGAGGCUGCCGAGUGGGAGUUUUGAGAUUAAAACUCGCCCAACUCUGGAGAGCUGGGAAGUGAAACUGGACCUCUACUGGUUUUAUUGUGUUGCGCACUUAUCCGCCCUGCGGGCCACAGGGCAAAAACGCCAUAGGCCAAGGUGCAUAUAGAAAACAAAAGGAGCGUUAAGCCCAAUUUAUGUUUGUGUUUUCGAGGAAGAAAACUGAAAUGUGUAGUCGAGCUUUUUUGUACCCUGAAGUGUUUUUAUUAUUGCCCUAAGUGAUUUCCACGGUUUCUGGAAUAACUCAUACAGCUUUGCCUUGUGCCCUCCUCUUUGGUGUGGGCUUUAAAAAAAAAAAAAAGAAAAAAAAGAAAAAAAACGUUUUAAAAAAAAAAAAAAUCGAACCCACGUAUUAAAAGGGGGCUUUUUAUCUGCCAUCUAAUGGCUACAGAGCGAUAAUACACUAUUAUCUUCUUAAACCAGGAAAAAAGGGGAGAUUUUUCAAAAAAAAAAAGAAAAAAAAAAGAAAGUUUUUUGUAGCUGUUCAGUUGCCACUAAGAGAUUGCACAGUCAACCGACUCUAAACACACUAGUUUGGAUUCCUACGUAUUUUCAAGAAAAGAAAAGAAUCUUGUUGUUUGAAACUUUGAAUUAAAAAGAAAAAACACAUUUACUCCACAUAUUUUUUAACAAAACAAAAAAAAAAAAGUCACAUCAGGAAAAUAUCUUAAUUUGUGGUAGCUGACUUAGUGUUUUCUUGUAAGUGAAAUAGAAUAUUGACACGUAGUGCACAUUGUUUCAUAGCUUUAACUGAUUCUGGUCUUUUGCAGACCAGAAUUUGUUUAAUACACUCCAUUUUAGGCCAAAUCAGGACAAAAAAAAAAAAAUCUGAAUCUAGGUAUUUUAUAAUCUGCUUUUUAACCUCUAACCACAGAGCACGCUGAUCAGACCUCAUAUCUGGGAGGUUUGGGAGACAACUUAGAAACAGCAUGUACUUGAUCAUUUCACUUGGGUCGUAGCGUACAGGAUUUCCUUUCAGCCAAGUCAGAUUGCUCAAAAAACGUUGGCCAGUAACAUUUCAGCCUGCUUCUUCGGGGACACGCUCCGUGCCCCGAGAUUUCACCUUACCUGGAACCGAGGGAAGCGUAGUUCAUGUGUACGACUGCUGUCACACCACUAAGGGGACGGGAGCUGCCUCAGAUGGAGAAGUUUUCCUGCUGUAGGUGGCCAUUUACUGACUCUCUUCCCACCGCAAGCACUGAUUUUAAAUACGUUUUAGUUGUGGGAAGCUUGUUUUUACGUGGAGGAAUAGUACAUGGCAAUGACCAGACAGGCUCUUAGCAGGGCCGAAGGAGCCCAAACUCCAAACCAAAAUGUUGAUGCUCUCCAGUCCCGGUCUCACCCGUUCUGCCCCACAGAAAUGCAGCCUUUCGCCAUUAUUUUAUGCACAGGUUAGGGCUGAUCAAAGUACAAAUCAAAUUCUAACUUGUCUCUAACUCCUCCUGUUGUCUAUAUGUAUAUGCGUGAGCAUAGAGGUGCGUGGAAGGAUGUGUGUGCGUGAGUGUGUGCGUGCAAUUUUAUACGUCUGUGUAUUUUCUUACGUACUUGUGCACACAUAGAGUGCAUUACUGCCACCUUUUUUCAAUAAGCUGUUUUAUCAGUUAUGGCUUCUACAAGUUUGCUAAUUUAGACUCCUUUAUUGCCAUAUCUUUAAAACUAACAAUAGAUGAUUUCGGAAUAUAUAUAUAUAU